CUUAGAAAGCAAAAAUUAUUUCUAGAUAAACAAUAUUCCAAUUUAUUAUUAACAGUAAUGAGGACAUAUAGAAAUUGUUACAAACCUCUGCCCUGCCCUUAUUUUAAAUACCUCAACAUAUUUUAAAUCAGAAGGGUGGGAUCUCAUUAAAAAAAUGUAUUCAAGUGUGUAAUCUUUUCCUAAAGGCUGUUUCAGAAAAUGUGCCUACCCCAAAUUCACAGUAUAUAAAUUUUUUAGAUUAUGAAGGAAAAUAAAAAUACAUUUAUUUUAUUCUCUUUAUCCCUACAGUACUUGUAACAGUUGCAAGUCAUAUAAAUACAGGAGAGCACGAAACUUCUUAUAUAUUUUUGGUGUAUAAAAUGCAUAUGUAGGUAUGACUCUUUAUGUAUCUAUGUAUAUGUUCCUUCAGGAAAAACACCUAACACUGAAUGAAUUCCAUAAGAAAUUUUCUCUGUAAAUUUCUUCUUCUAAUAGCCAAUAUUUUUCCAGAAAAUUGCAUUAGGUAGAACAUUUUUUCUCGUGCAUCUCAAAUAUUUCUAAGGCAGUAAUUAGCUCUUCUUUUCUAGUUAUCAUGCCAAUAUUCUCAGUCCAUAUUAUCAUUUUGUCAGACAGUCCAUCACGUUAUCUUCCUGGUCAUAUUUACAUAAUGGGCAUUUCUAGAUUUUGCCCAGGCCUUGGGCUCUUCCCUUCCUAUCCUCACCUCUGUAGACCUUGCCCUGCUAACCACUCUGGCUUCUGCCUCACCUUCCAGGAAUGGCUGUGUUUCCAUGAAUCGGGGCUACGGCCAGUCUUUAAGACAUCUUUACAUGCUAGUUAUAAGGGUAGCUUCAAGUACAGCCCCAGGAGUAAGGAAACAAGAGAGUGAAGAAUAAACGGGAAAUAUGUAUCCGACAAAUAAAUGCCCGCCCCCCAAGUGACAGAAAGAAGUAGACUCGAGACCUGAAGGCGGAAAGAAUAGUUGGCAGGAGGGGGGCGUGGUGGGGAUCCUGGCUGACAAGCCCGCUCCCAACUGAGCUCCGAAGCCUCCUCCUCUGGGGCCAGGUCGCUGUCUUCGGUCCUGAAAAGUCUCGCCCCUGUUCCACGACCUCCGAGCCUGGCGGAAGCUCCCCUCCAGAGCUUCUCCUCCCAACACGGCAGUCAGGCAAACCAGGCGCGUUGACCCUUCACCUGCAUGGCGAAGGACUUUUCCUCCUUAUCCACUUUCACAGGGUCAGGGGCUGUUCCUUUUGAAGGAGCCCCGGGGAAUCCUGGCCCUCUCCCAACCUAGCCCUGCUCGUGCCCAAGGCCUCCAAGUUUCACAGACCCAGGCUUGCAGCUCCGAAAUCGGUGGCGGGGUCCAUGCCCGCCUCCACGUUUCCCCCGACCCGGCGCCAGCUUCGCGUCUCCAGUCUAAAGGCCCUGGGGCCCGCUGACCGCCUGCGCUCUGUUCCAGGGAGGCUGCCCGGUGGACAAGACGCACAGAAACCAGUGCAGGGCGUGUCGGCUGAAGAAGUGUUUGGAAGUCAACAUGAACAAAGAUGCCGUGCAGCACGAGCGGGGGCCUCGGACGUCCACCAUUCGCAAGCAGGUGGCCCUCUACUUCCGUGGACAUAAGGAAGAGAACGGGGCGGCUGCGCACUUCCCGUCCGCCGCGCUGCCCGCGCCGGCGUUCUUCACCGCGGUCACGCAGCUCGAGCCCCAUGGCUUGGAGCUGGCCGCCGUGUCCGCCACCCCGGAGCGGCAGACUCUCGUGAGCCUGGCUCAGCCCACGCCCAAGUACCCCCAUGAAGUGAAUGGGACCCCAAUGUAUCUGUAUGAAGUGGCCACAGAGUCUGUGUGUGAAUCAGCCGCCAGGCUUCUGUUUAUGAGCAUCAAGUGGGCUAAGAGUGUACCAGCUUUCUCCACGCUAUCUUUGCAGGACCAGCUGAUGCUUUUGGAAGAUGCUUGGAGAGAACUGUUUGUUCUAGGAAUAGCACAAUGGGCCAUUCCGGUUGAUGCUAACACUCUACUGGCUGUAUCUGGCAUGAACGGUGACAACACAGAUUCCCAGAAGCUGAACAAGAUCAUAUCUGAAAUACAAGCUUUACAAGAGGUGGUGGCCCGAUUUAGACAACUCCGGUUAGAUGCUACCGAAUUUGCCUGUCUGAAAUGUAUCGUCACUUUCAAAGCUGUUCCUACACACAGUGGUUCUGAGCUGAGAAGUUUCCGGAAUGCUGCCGCCAUCGCAGCCCUUCAAGAUGAGGCCCAGCUAACCCUCAACAGCUACAUCCAUACCAGAUAUCCCACGCAACCCUGUCGCUUUGGAAAACUCCUGUUGCUUUUGCCAGCUUUACGAUCUAUUAGUCCAUCAACCAUAGAAGAAGUGUUUUUCAAAAAAACCAUCGGCAACGUGCCAAUUACAAGACUGCUUUCAGAUAUGUACAAAUCCAGUGAUAUCUAAGCUCCGAGUCCCCGCUUUUCAGGAUGGGACAGUAUCUGAUGAACUUCGACCCACGGAGAACAAGCCUCAACUAACAAACCCUUCAGGAAGCAUAAACCUGGGAAUGUGUAGCCUUCAGAAAAACAUGCCAAUGGACACAAAACAGUUCCAGUUGCUUUGAUGUGCUGCCCCAGGGUGGGGCAGUGGGGAAGGAAAGGGGGCAUCACAGGACCACCUGAACAGAGAGAACUCCCUGCUGCCACGCCCUGGGAAGGGGGCCCCCGAUUCAGGGGUUGCCGCAGGCCGUGCCAUUCUGCCUCCUACCUGGAAUAUCGGGCUGAACUCUCAAAAGCUGAACCAUCAGUAGAACUUUCUUUUCCUUUUUAGCAUAUGAAGUUGGGUAACCAAAUAGAGCUCUGUGUAUAACAUCAUACGACAGCCUUCAGAACUAUUUUAUGUUGGAGAAUUUAUUUUAAAAAAUAAUGGUUAGGUUUUAAAGCAAAAGUUUUAUCAGAAGUUUUUCUUCUAUCGUAAUACAUCAUGAAGUGGCCUUCAGGACUGAGUUAGUAAAUGAAAGGUAGCUUAUGCCGUGAGACUUGCUUUUUCUCUGUUUUCUCUCCUUUCUCUUUCUUUUGUUCUUCUCCUUCUUCUUCCCCUCCUCCUCCUCCUCCUCCUCCUUCUCUUCAAUACUAUAGGCCAGGCAACCUUGUCCAAGGAACUGGUGGACGAAAAUGAGAUUCUCACCAGGACUUCAGGUUGGAUAACAUCUCAAAAAUAGAAGAGCUUUACUAAAAGAACACAAGUUGAGGGAGGAUGAAUAAAAACAGCAAAACCAAAUAAAGUGGAGGUGAAGGAUGAGGCAGAUCGCUGUCCCGUUAACAAAGUGCUGAAACCAAAGGCGAUGGGGAUCCAAACUCGUGUUUCAGCGAGUCACACCAGAAUAAAUGAACAGAGACAUGAUGUCAGAAGGAACCACAAGGAGAUGAAGGCUAAAAGGUUUCUUGAUUGAUCCAUUGCUAACAGCCUGAGACUCUUCAAUGCCUUUCAGAAAACCGGUCUCUAGUAAAGCCUUGAAUGCGCGCAUGCACACACACACACACACUCCGUCCUACACUAUAAGCUGCUCCUUUGGUAUGAAUCUAUACUUAUGGAAAUGUAGAAACAACCAUUUUAAAAUAGCUGCUGUACUUUUCACAUUUUGAUUUAUUAGGUACUAGCACUGAGGAAAAAUAUUCAGCACUUGGACUAUCAUAGGAUGAGUAAAACUUUUCUUGUACAAAGUGAAUUAACUGAUUUGUGAAGUUAAAAGGUUGUACUCAUUGUAUUUACAAAGAAUAAAAAUAUAUUGGAUUUAAAGGAA